AUGGUGGAGCUCCAUUCAAUGAUGUUCUGGUAAGCAGUGUUCACCGACUUUUUUAGAAACCUGAUGCAUGUGUUCUUCGGCAUGGGCACUGCAUUGCGCUGGAUCUCUGGACCCUAUCAUGCCCUUCAUGCUGCCAUCUGCUUCGGUUUCACUGCGGCCACACUCAUCAAGCAACACAUCAACCCGUCUGUCACCUUGACCUGCCUAGACACCUCCCAGCUUUCUCUGCCCUGUGCUGUGUUCUGCAUGUGUGCCCAGAGCCUGGGCACUGUGGGAGGUGCUACUGCUCUCUAUGGAGGCACACCCGGCAACACGAGAGGCACGAUGGCUCUUAACACACUGCAGUCUGGAAUCACCAUGAACAUGGCCAGCACUGAGGUCUUCCUCAUGCAGCCGUGGAUCUGCAUCUUUGCCGUGGCUGAUGAGAGAAGAAGUGGGCGUGUUGGCUCAGCCGCUCUAUCCAUCGCUUUUUCUGUCACUGUGGAUCACCUGAUGGGAAGUAAAAACUCUUACUCUUUGCCUAGAGGCAUGAUUCCAGCUAGGUCCUUUUCCCCUGCUCUUCUCAUGAGGAAUUUUGUGAACCACUGGGUGUACUGGGUGGGGCCCAUGUCUGGUGGAGCUAUGUGUGCUUUCUGCUAUAAUUUCAUGCUAUUUCUCAGAAUAUUUCUCUGCCUUUCUGAAGGCAGAUGACUCCCAGAGAGUGAGAAUCAGCCAGAGACCCAUGGGGAGCCCAUCGAGCUCAAUACUCAAGCACUGCAUCAACCAGAGCAUCGUGAGCCAAUUCUGCUUCCAUCAUUCUGUGCCACCAUCAGCUAA